GUGUUCAUCACAGCAGGGAGCUGAUAGCUCACUUCUUCAAACAGAAGCACAAAGCACAGAGAAGAAAUUCGAAGUAUUAAGAGGUUUUGAAUCUCAAAACCCACUUCCAUUGAUGUACUUCUUCCAGUGAGGUUGCGUCACCAAAAUCUCUCCAAACACUUCUAUGGAGAACCACGUGUUCAAAAUGGAAGCCUAUGAGGGGAGUUUCUCAUUCAAACCAUAUACGAAAAUGAAUGUGAAUGUCAAUCAGUGCUAAAAGAAAUGCUGGAGCGCCUUAACAAGAAAGCCGACGAAGCCUUACUGCGGAACCUGCACCUUCAGUUGGAAGCACAGUUUCUGCAGGCAGAUAUCAGUGUGGCCAAGGACAGGUACAAAAAGAAUCUUCUGGAAAUCCAGACCUACAUCAGCAUCCUGCAGCAGAUCAUCCAGACUGCUCCUCAAGUGUCCCUGGUUACUAGUGGGAUGCGGGAGGAGAAGCUGCUGACGGAACGGGAGGUGGCUGCCCUGCGGAGCCAGUUGGAGGAGGGCAAGGAGGCGCUCACCCAUCUGCAGGCACAGAAAGCUGAGCUGCAGGCCCAGACAACAGCCCUCGAACAAGCCAUUAAACACGCUCAUGAGUGUUACGACGACGAGAUACAGCUUUACAACGAGCAGAUCGAGAACCUACGGAAGGAGAUAGAGGAGGCCGAGCGGUCUCUGGAGAGGUCGUCCUAUGACUGCAGGCAGCUGGCUGUGGCCCAGCAGACCCUGAGGAAUGAGCUAGACCGGUAUCAUCGGAUCAUUGAGAUCGAAGGUAACAGGUUGAGCUCUGUUUUCAUGGAGACUCCCAUCUCUCUGAUCGGCCCGAGCCAUGGGGCCUCUCUCAGCCUUGGAUCCAGCGUGAAAGAUCUCACCAGGGCUGUGCAGGAUAUCACAGCAGCUAAACCAAGACAAAAGGUCCUCCCCAAGAGCCUUCCGAAAAGGAAGGAGAUUAUAGCUCAAGACAAGGUGGACGAAACUCUGGAAGACGCGCAAUUAAAAACUCUGCAAGAGCCAAACCCAGCGCAGGUGGAGCUUCAAGCAGACAGUGAUUCUCAGCUGGGACCAAGGGGUGGACAGGAAGUAAGUCCAACACAAGAAGGGGGUCCCGAGGAUGUACCAGAUGGGGGCCAGAUAAGCAAAGCCUUUGGGAAGCUGUGUAAAGUGAUCAAAGAGAGAGUGAGUGGCCCCAAAGAGCCUGUGCCAGAGCCCCCCGCUGACCUCUUCACCAAAGGGCGACAUAUACUGGUCACAGGGGAUGCCAGUUUUGUGGACCCUGAGUUCUACUCCUCCUCCAUCCCAGCUAGAGGUGGGGUGGUGGUUUCCAUUGAAGAAGACUCUAUGCAUCACGAUGGCCAUGUGGAACCCUCUCCUGGGCAGCCUAUGCCACCUGUGGAGAAUGGACAGGGGGCUCCCCAGGGCAGGGAAGGUGACCAUUCAAACCAUCAGCAGGUUACAGAUAAGAAUGGGAUAGGGGCCAAGGAACCAAAAGACCUGGAAGAAAAAGAUGAUGAUGGCCAGAAGGAAGAUGAGGGGCCCAGGAGACCCUGUCCCGUGAUCAUACCUGGUCCUGAUGGACCAUCUACAUCCCAUUCACAAACGUCUGGGUCCAAUCAGGAUGGACCAGAGGGGCCCAGUAGUAAGAGCAGUAGCCUGCCAGCAAAAAGCCCUUCUAAGGCUUUAGCUUUUAAGAAGGUAGAGGUGGUGGAAUCUAUUGAGAAGAUUUCAACAGAGAGUAUCCAGACGUAUGAAGAAACCUCUGUAAUUGUGGAGACUGUGAUUGGGAAGACAAAGGCCGACAAGAAACUGGGAGAGAAGGGCUCUUAAAAUGCCAGGGCUCGAAGGAAGGAAGUGUCCGGGACUAGUGUAGGGGAAGUGCCUCGAGAUGGGUUCCUGUUUGGAUUAGAUCAUAGUUGACCUGUCUGGCAUUGCCAAUGACCUUCAUUAAAAUGCUUUUAUUUUGCUUGCAC